UGGAUAAUGCAGGUUUCUGUUGCUUGUACAGGACAUGUAUGUCAAAUCAAGUGGGAUGGUGGAUAAAAUAAAAAGACUGGAAGAUGAUAGUUGUAGACUAUGCAGAGAACUGCAGUAUUAUAUUGGUAGUACAGGUUAGAACUACAGUAUUGCGUUGGUAGUACAGGGCAGAAGGCCAAAAGCUCUCUGCAGGCUGCUACUAUUACUACUGUAGUGAGGCAUCACCUAUCGUCCCUGAUGUGGUGCUAAUCCGAGCUUGAUUAACCCUGCCUUGUAACGCUCAGAGGAUUGAUCUCAUAGGAAGAUCAUAUUCUCUUUUUAAAUUGUAAGUUCAUUAUGAUAAAUGAUGUGCGUGCGCGUGCGUGUCCCCUUCACCUUGAGGUUUGUGGCCCAGGGUUCUGGGAGGAAACACUGCUACACAAAAUCGAAUGAGCUCUCUUCUCUCACGUACACACAAUCCAGCAGUUCUCACCACAUGGCUAGCAUCAUUUAUAUAAUAUUUGUAGCUCAGCUGAGCAGCGAACUUUGCAUGUUUUCUUUUUUGUAUUUGUAUUUGCAUUGUUGGAACAGCAAUCUCUCUCGCUCUUAUGCUAUUUCCUGCAAGUUAAUAUGUACGGGAGUAAGCUUUUAAUGGUGGGGACCAUGCCCCCCCAGACCGGUAGUACUUGUAGCCUACAUCAGUAUUGUAGCACUGCUGUUGGUGGGUGAAAAUAUUGCGUCCUGAAAGUUUGAAAGUUUUUUUUUAAUCCAAAAUUCGGUGUUGAUCUAGUAGUAGUAAUCUGCUCUUGGAAAAAGUUAGACUCAAACGCACACAUACCCACACACUAACAAUCUGCGUUUCUUAAAGCUCCAGAAUUCUACUGCCAUCCCGGUAGAACAAAUCUAUGAUAAUUGUUAGGUUCACAUUUCUUCAGGUCUACAAUAUUAAAAUAGAGCAUGUGAAUGUUAUGGCCGUUGGAAGGGACCCAAAUAUUAAUACAAAACAUAUUACGUGCUGUUGGGGUUCAAGACAAUUGAGAAACGUAAGACCCAGAAUAGCUGCAUAAUGUCCCCUUGUGCGGUCUACACCCCCUGUAGUGCAAUGGACCGUUCUCUACUGGAAACUACAACUCCCAGGAUACCUUUGCGUUCCAGUUGUAGUUUCAUUGACCGUUCUCUACUAGCUACCAGCUAUUUGUUAUGUUCCGUUCGUCGUUCAAUUGUGCUUUUAAAAGGCACAAAGUGAAGCGGAGGGGGUUAUGAACGGCUAUGAUGUGGUGCGGCAGAUUGGAGAGGGGGCGUUUGGUAAAGCCUUCCUGGUCAGAGAUCAAAGUUCAGCCAUCAUGUGUGUCAUCAAGGAGAUUAAGCUUGGCAAGAUGUCGCAGAGUGAAAGGGAGGCAUCGAACAAAGAAGGGAUGCUACUCUCUAAGAUGAAACACCCAAACAUCGUGGCAUUCUUCAAAUCAUUUCAAGAGAGCAACAGUCUGUAUAUAGUGAUGGAGUUCUGUGACGGAGGAGAUCUGAUGAAGAGGAUUACCGUUCAGAGAGGAGUCCUCUUCACAGAGGAGCAAGUGGUGAACUGGUUCCUUCAGGUGUGUCUGGGACUCAAGCACAUCCAUGACCGCAAGGUUCUUCACCGAGACAUCAAGGCCCAGAAUAUCUUCCUCACCGGUGGUGGGAACCGAGCCAAACUUGGGGACUUCGGCAUCGCCAGGAUGUUGAAUAAUACCAUGGAGCUGGCGCGGACAUGCGUUGGCACUCCAUACUACCUCUCCCCUGAGAUAUGUGAGAGCAGACCAUACAACAACAAGACUGAUGUCUGGUCUUUGGGCUGUGUCCUCUACGAACUCUGCACCCUUAGACACCCAUUUGAGGGCAGUAAUUUGUGCCAGCUGGUGGGUAAAAUCUGCAGGGGACGCUUUGAGCCGGUCUCCAGUCGGUACUCCCACGACCUCCGCCUGCUGCUCAGCCAGCUCUUCAAGGUGAGCCCGCGGGACCGGCCCUCUGUGAGCUCCGUUCUGAAGCGACCCUUUCUUGAGAAGCUCAUCUGUAAAUACCUGGACCCACAGUUGAUGCAGGAGGAGUUCAGCCAAUCGACGGUGAUCAGGAACAAAGCAGCAUGUCCCCAGAAGUAUAAAACAAGACCUUAUCAAGCUGAAAAGCUAGCCAGGGCCAGAGCUCCAGCGAGCGCUGCACCCCGGCCAACGUUGAAGAAGCUGCACCUCAAACCAGAGUGGAAAGCCCCAGCCAGAGGCUGCACUCCUUUGGGCCAGCCUAAAGGCAGACCAGGUCACCUAGCCGGCCCAGAGCUCAGAGAGGUCAGAGGUCAACAGAACCAAAGGGACCCCUAUCACCACUACCAUCGUCAACUGGAUGCUCUGAAGAGAAGGAACAGAGAGGAACGCCCUCCACAUCUUCAUCACAACCCUCCUCCUCCUCCUCCUCCUCCUCAGAACCCUUCCUUCCCUCAGCUUGCAGAGCGGGGGGAAGACAGGCCUGUUCCCUAUCUAAUGGUGGAAGAGGCCCACGGAGCGUACCUCCAGAGACGUCAGGAAGCCCAGCGCUACAAGCUCAGAGCAGAGAAACAGCUGGGCCUGCGCCCGUCUACGGCUGAGGCUGAGCGCUACAGGAAGUUAGCCACCCAUCAAGAGGAAGUUAGAAGACCUCAUCAAACACCUCAGCAUGGGAAACAACAGGAUUAUCUGAAUCAGUUAGAGUGUAUCAGAGAACAGUACUACCAGGAAAUGAGAGCCUUGAGGAGGAGAGCAGAGCUACUGAAUCAGCCAGGUACCAAUGAGGAGGAACAACCCAGGGGUCCAGACAGACCCAGUCCAGAACACUCACAUGGACAGCAGGACAUGCGGGAUGCAUUGGAGCUCAUCCGAGAUGAGGAUAGACAGGAGAGGAGGGAAGUAAAAAGAGAGAAGUUACAGGGGUUGGAGAAUAAACACAGGGGCCAGAAAGGAAUCAUGUUUGAGAUCCGGUUGGACUGUGAGGAGAGUAAAGAAGGGCGACGAGGAGAGGACGAGAAGAAGGAGGGAAUAGGAGGAGAGGAGGGAGAGGCUGAGGGUCUUCUCAACCAGCGCCUAAGUUUCCAGGAGGGGGAGGAGCUCAGGCAUAGGGAUUGGUCGGUGGGGGAGGGGGGGCAGGGCCAGGUGAGGAGGGGGUGGAGUGAGCGGUUACCAGAGACUCUUCUGGAGGCCCUAGCCGGGAUGGACGUGUCUCUUGCAGGAGGCGAUGAAGAGGAGGAGGAAGCAGAGAGGAGGAGAGCAUGGGGGAGCGGACCCCCAAGCACUCUGCUCAAUGCCCUGGCCCACGCCCCCCUCAGCUCCUCCUCCUCCACCCUGGACACUCUGACACCAGAACCACCAGUAGAGGGGCAGAAGGAGGAGGAGGGACAGGGAGAGGCGGAGAGAGAGGAGCAGAGUGAGGGAGAGGAGGAGUUGGAGAAGGAGGUGCAGAUAAAGGAGGAGUCAGAUGUGGAGGUGGACGGCGAUCGUCUGGAGCCCCGGUCUGACGACGAUGACACGAACUUUGAGGAGUCUGAAGACGAGCUGAGGGAGGAGGUGGCCGACUCCAUGAAGAACCUCUUCAUCAUGGAUGAAGAUGAAGACGAGGAGCCCGGAGAGAGAGAAGAGAUAGAUGGAAGGAUAAAGAAGGAGGGAGGGGAAGAUAAGGGAUGUGGGGACCCCAGACCAACACAGGCAGAGCCAGACAGCUACCCAUUGACCAAGGCCCCUCCCUCUUCAACCGAGGCCCAAGAUGAGGGGUGUGGGGGCCAGCCCGAGCAUAUAGGAGACCCUCAGACAUCAGAUGAAGCCUCCUCCGAAGAAGAUGGUAAAUAGAUCAGGAUCAUAUAUAGACAGGAGGUCUUCACUGAGAGGGUUGGUGGCAAGACACACGUUGAUGGAGGUUCUAGGAAAGGAAUUUUAUCACAUCUGCACAUAUAUUCCUCAAGCUUUACUUAAAUAUGAAUGUAUUUAUGCAACCAAUCUAAUAAAUGAU